GUUCCGUUGCCCAUGCCGAUUAUGAUUUGGGAUGGUCGACUGGCGUUUUGCAUUUGAACGCCCUUCGCGGGCCAUGGGCCGCCCUGCCAUGAGAUGCGCCGGACCAACGAUGGCUGUGCCACAAACUUUGGCACGCCCGGAUCGCGCACCCGUUUGUGCAGGUCGGCACGGUUUGCGGCCGCAGUGGACAAAGUCUCCUUGCUACGGCUGUUGCAGAACCCAGCAACCCCGACAGGUUCCUUGCCGCACUUGGUCAGCGAGACCUUGGCGGAAGAGUUACGCGGUGCGAAGGAGGUCACUGUGCUUUUGGCCUCGUUUGCCAGGCGUUCCUUGUGGCGCGCAGCGGCGGCUCUUUUGCUGAAAGCCGAUGCCGUGGUGGACGUGCCGGCGCUGGGUGCUGCAGUGAGGGCGUUUGAGAAGAGCGGGCAUUGGCAACUGGCCUUGGCGCUCAUCGAGGAGUUUAGUGGAAUUUGCUCGCGGCGCUUGCGCCCGGACGGCGGAGUGUUUGGCUCUGUUUUUCUCGCCUGCGGCGCAGCGAGCCAGUGGCGGACAGCGUGCGAGAUGUUGGAGCAGCUGCUGAGGAGGAAGGAUGAGGCGCUGCAGGCAUGGCCGGUAGUUGAGUGGCAGCGUGUGGGCACGGCUGCGCUGACGGCUUGUGGUCGAAGCCGCGAAUGGCGCAGAGGAAGCCAGCUGCUGCAGAUGCUACAGCAGAAGGGGCUAGAGCUCUCAGCAGUGCCUUUCAAUGCUGCCAUGCGCUACAGGAAUGGCAAGCUGGGCUGGGAGGGGAAUUUGGUGGCCAUAGAGGAGUUGAAGAGUGAUCACAUGACCUUAAACACUCUGGUGCAAAGCUGUGGCGAACGCUUAGCCUGGCAAGCUGCCAUCUCCGUGGUAAAGGCGGCCUCACCCUGGUUGGAUGUGAGCCCCGACUCCAUGAGCUUCAACACCGCCAUCUCUGCAUGCGCCCGCGCCCACGAGUGGCAGCAAAGCUUUGCCCUGCUCUUUGAGAUGGAGGCCCUCCGGAUCUCCCCGACGGUGGUGUCCUUCAAUGCUGCCAUCACCGCGGCGGCUGACUGGGAGGUGGCCUUGCAGUUGCUGCAGAUGAUCCAGAGCCGAAGAUUGGCGCCCGACCUCUUGAGCUUCAACUCGGCGAUGAGCUCAUGCCGAUUGGCCUGGACCGUGGUGCUGCAGUUGCUGAAGACCCUGCAGACGGAGGGACUCAGGCCCGACGUGGUCUCAUUCAAUGCGGCUCUGGCGGCGGUUGCCAGCAGUGGCGAGCUCAGGGAUUGGGAACGGGCGCUGGCCCUGUUGGACACGCUCCAUGCCAGCGGAAACGCUCCAGAUUUAAUCAGCUUCAACACCGCCGUGGAAAGCUGCGGUGGUGCCAAACGCUGGGAUGUGGCUCUCGGACACGUAGAGGAGCUGCUGAAAGCAGGGCUGGAGCCAGACCUCAACACUGCCACAGCAGUUGCACGGGUGUGUGGACAUGCUGGAGAGUGGCAAAGAGUCUUCGCCUUUUGGCAGAUGACCUCGGUCGAGCCGGACGGCAAGCUCUAUGGCACGUUGUUCUUAGCAUGCGAGAAGGGCUUGCAAUGGCAGCUGGCCGUGCAGCUCUUCGAAGAAAUGCGACACUCAAAUGCCUUGGACUCCUUCACAUCCCCGCUGGUGGCGCCACAAGCGAUCCGCGCCUGUGCCACUCAGAAUUCCUGGGACUUGGCCCUCUGGGUCCUGGCGGAAUGCAGCCAACAUGGCGAUCCAGGGCCCUCGGCGUUCCUGGCCGCGGUCGAUGCGGUGGAGGCGGCGGGUGGUGCCUCGGUGGAGCUCUUCGAAGAGCUGUGCCGCCGCGCGGCGCAGAGCUCCAUCUUCGCCUGAGCCGGGAGCGUGUUUUGCUACCUUCACUGGCUCGAA